AUGGCCACAUUCGCCAAGUCGUCCUUCGACGCAGCAGGUUACCUCGCCUCGCGGCCAACAUACCCCGCGAAGCUGUACGACCUCAUCCUCGCCUACCACCGCGGGGGGCGGGCUCACGCGCUCGACAUGGGCUGCGGGCCAGGCUUUAUGGCGGUAGCGCUCUCGCCGCACUUCUCGCGUGUGUCCGCGCAAGACCCGUCCGAGAAGAUGGUCUCUGUCGGCCUGCAACCCGCGGACGGGCACAUAUCCUACUCGCUCGGCUCGGCCGAGGACAUGUCCGCGCUCCCCGCGCACUCCGUCGACUUGGCGGUGGCGGGCCAAGCGGCGCACUGGUUCGACCACAAGCGGGCGUGGAGCGAACUGGCGCGCAUCCUCGCGCCGCGCGGUACGGUCGCGUACGUCGGCUACGGCGAGAUGGGGGUGACGGGGCACGCGCGCGCGUCCGCCGUGUUCCGCGACCUCGUGCGCGGCGACAUGGGCGCGUUUUGGCCGCAGCCGGGGCGGAGUAUCGUCGAGGGGCUGUUGGACGCCGUGCCGUUCCCCGUCGCGCCGGCGCUCGACGCGCGCACGGAGGCGAGACUCGCCCGCAUCCCCAGCCUCGAGGGGGGGAUGCCGGUCGCGGCGCGUAUCCGCGAGCCGGAGGCGGUGGACGGCGAGGGAUGGGACGCCGCGAGCGCCGUGCGGCUCAAGGGCUCGACGGAGGGCGCGUGGGCCUUGCGUCGCCGAUGGAGCAUGGAUGAGAUCGAGGCGUAUGUCCGCACGUCGAGCGCGUAUCAUGCGUAUGCGGCGGCGCAUCCCGAAGACGCGGCGAGGCGGGGGAGAGGCAGGGACGACGGGGACGUGGUCGAGCGGCGCAUGGCGCAGAUCAAAGACGCUCUCACCGAGGACGGGUGGGACGGCGGCGCGGUCGACGUCGAGUGGCCGUUGGUCGUCAUGAUGAUCCAGCGGUUGUAG